UUACUCGGACUCGGCCGCUCGAGCGAAACGGCAGGAGCAGCGCCGUCUAGAAGAAGAGCAGAAGGUUCGUGAGUUGCAGGAAGAGGCAACUCGACAGGCUACCACCAAGCGGCGACCGACUCAGCGACCAAGGCAGCUCAGCGGGGACGGGCACAGCAUUUUCCAGCAGACGGCUAGGCCAGGACGAGU